CCCCUGGUCUCGCGCCCUUUCAGUUGCCGGCUGCGCCGCUCUCGUGACGACGACGUCGCCGCCGCCGCUUCUGCUGCCGCCGCUCUUGCUGCUGCUCCGUCUCGCGCCGCUGCGGCCCCGUCUCUUUUCUCCCUUCGCCGCCGCCAUGGCCAACUACAUCCACGUGCCGCCGGGUUCCCCGGAGGUGCCGAAGCUGGACAUCGCCGUGAAGGAGACGGAGCCUUCGGGAGGCGGUGGAGGAGGAGGUGGCGGUUACCGCUACGGAGCCCUCCAGCUCCUGAGGCGCUUGAGGCCUGACUGGAAGCCUGAGGAGGUGACGCUGAAGGUAUUUACAGAUGGCAUCACCAAUAAACUUAUUGGCUGUUACAAGGGUGAAGAAGUGGAUGAUGUUGUUCUUGUUAGGAUUUAUGGAAAUAAAACAGAGCUGUUAGUUGAUCGAGAAGAAGAAUUGAAAAGCUUCCGUGUUUUACAGGCCCAUGGCUGUGCACCAAAGCUUUACUGUACUUUCAAUAAUGGCCUGUGCUAUGAAUUCAUGCAAGGUGAAGCUCUGGAUCCAGAACAUGUUUGCAACCCAGAGAUAUUUCGGCUAAUAGCCAGACAGCUUGCAAAAAUCCAUGCUAUACAUGCCCACAAUGGAUGGAUCCCCAAGUCUAACCUGUGGCUGAAGAUGGGAAAAUAUUUCUCUCUUAUACCAACAGAAUUUGUAGAUAAGGAUUUGCACAAAAGGUUUUUAAAAGAUAUCCCAAAUCCUCAAAUCCUUCAAGAAGAAAUGGCUUGGAUGAAAGAGAGACUGUCAAAUUUGGGCUCUCCAGUGGUACUUUGUCACAAUGAUCUGUUGUGUAAAAAUAUAAUCUACAAUGGAAAACAAGGUGAUGUUCAAUUCAUUGACUACGAAUACUGUGGAUAUAAUUACCUGGCGUAUGACAUUGGGAACCACUUCAAUGAAUUUGCAGGGGUGAGUGAGGUAGACUAUAGCCUCUAUCCCAGCAGAAAACUACAAGAGAAGUGGCUGAGGGCUUACCUGGAAGCCUAUAAGGAAUACAAAGGAUUUGGAACAGAUGUCAGUGAGAAAGAGGUUGAGGUGCUUUAUGUCCAAGUCAACCAGUUUGCCCUGGCUUCUCAUUUCUUCUGGGGAUUGUGGGCCCUAAUUCAAGCAAAAUACUCCACCAUUGACUUUGAUUUUCUAGGGUAUGCAAUUGUUCGCUUCAAUCAGUACUUCAAAAUGAAGAAUGAAGUCAUGAUGUUAAAACUUCCUGAGUAACAACUAAGAACUUCAUUAUCCACACCUGGAUAAGAUUCCUUACAGUUUUUUUCCCCUGCGUAUAGACCAUGGAAAAAAGCUAAACAUUUGUUAGUUUUGUAAUGUUCCUAUGGUGUUUUUUGCUUUUUAUUGCCUCUAAACAUCACUCUUUUAAUGUGAAACCUGAAACAAAGAUCUUACUGAUGUUGUAGAAGGAAUAGAAACAUUAGAUUUAUAAAAGAGAGAGAGAGCAAAUUUAAUCCUUUCUCUUGUAAUUUUUAACAUGAUACAUGAAUUAUUUAUUAGGAAUUUUAACAUUCCAUUGCUGCUUUUCCUCAGUUCUCUCAAGGGAGUGAGUGCAGGCUGUUAUACUUUAAAGCUUUUACAUCAUAAGUUACAUUGGGAUAGUACAAAAUUGUCUCAACUGCAAGCUGUACAGUGUACAAGAUGUAUCUGUACAGGAGCCGUUUGCACUGAAGUAGCAGUCACUGAUACUGUCAAUAGAGCUGGGAUGGAAUGAGACAAAGCCGUGUUCAGGCUGUUCUGCUCUAAACUCUGCCUAAUUGCCAAAGGCAGUGGUUGGAUUUCCUCCUUGUGUAACAUACUGCUGAAAAAAAUUCAUAGGUCUGCUCACACAUUCAGGAGAACUUCCACCCGUUACUCCCCUGUGCAGAGUUCAGUAUUGUAGGAGAAAGUUUCUAACUUCAAAUGUAAGCUUUAAAAGACCACUUUUUCAGAGUGUCACACAACUUCCUCCCUUAGAGUUUGUUUAGAAACUUUUCCAACACAUUGACAUAUAGUGUAAUGGUAGACAUGCUUGGUAGAAGCCAAUAAGGACAAGGUGCUGAGCAAUUCUGUAGUGUCUGGGCGCAAAACUUACCAUUGCAUUUCAUACUCAAGUCAUUCUUUUUUGUCUUCUAAUUUUUCCUUGACUUACGUUUUGGUCUUCAGUCUUUAGAUCUGUUAACUUGCUAGAGUUUCUGUUUCUUUGUCAGAUGAUGGCGAACUCACAACUAGCCCAAGUCGUUCUUGGAAAGGAUGGCAUUUGAAGAGUGAGAAAUUGAUCAGGAAGACUUUCCCCCUCAAAAGCUAUCCUACCAAGAGCGAUUUGAUUUUCAAAAAUGUGAAAUGAAACACAAAUGUUUACUUAGCUACUGAGUGUGUAUGCAUGCAUGAGUGUGCACACAUGAGUGCACAUAUGCGUAUGUUUAAGAAUGGAGAAAGGCUUUAAGUAACUGCACCAAGUUGAGUAGUCACACAGAAAACUCUUAGUCUGAAAUUUCACUUUGGUCACUUAAGUGCCCAUAUGUACAAAGUUUGUGAUCAGAAACGGUAUGUGUAAACCCAAAUAUACCUUAAGUAGAAAUAUUAUGGGGAGCCUGUUGCACAGACUCAACAAGGAUAUUUAUUCAGAAUUAUUUUAUAGAACUCUGUAAAAUAAACAUCUCAAAAAUAUAUAAAACUGACUUGUUUAGUGAUACAUGCACCAAUCAUAAGACUGACUUGUUUAGUGAUACAUGCAGCAAUUAACAUGGAGGGAAAUUUCGCCCCAGGAAUCAUCACAUAACCUUCUGUUUAUUUACAAAAUCAAAACCAUGAUUUAUAUAUAUAUAUAUAUUGAGGUGUAUUAUUUCAAAAUCCAGAAUCUUCAAACUCCUUGCAUAGGAGAAGUUCCAUUCGGCCUUGAAACUAGUCAUUAGAAAGUAGGCUGCAGUCUAAAAUCUAGUGACUCUUACAAAUUUAAUAGUAAUGAACUAUUGGAUCCGUACCUUUAAGAAGCAUUGUUAGCACUUACAGCUAUACUUUCAUAAAUAGGUCAGUUUCUUGUAAUGUUCAGUAUUGAGCCAAGUACUUAGAGGAAAUAUGUACUCGUCAGGUAAAGGAUGUUUCUAGAGCUAUAGAAAUGAAAACAUUAAAUAUUUUCUCCAAAUAAUUGAGUGUAUAGAUACUGUAUUAUUUCCUGCAUUUUAGCACAGUCUUCAAUGACAUAUUAUUUCACCUGGUGGUUUGACGAAUUUAGAAAAUUAGUAUUCAAAGUCUUGAUUUUUCAAAGCUUAAAAUUGGUUUCUUAAAAUUACGGAAUCAAGUUGCUCUUUAGCAAGUUGCUGUUUGCAAAAAGAAAAUGUAUGUUUCAAAUAAAAUAUUGCAUAUUGAAGUACUGAAACUAAUUCUUUCAAAUUGGCAAGUUUUAAUAAAUCCUUGUCAAUAGCUGUUUGUUUUAUUAAUCAUAUAAGCUUAUUUUGCUAUUUCUAGAUAGUAAAUGAUAUUUCAAACUGUCCUUUCCUUGUUUAUCCAAUUUAAUGUGUAAGAAAACAGUUCAAACAUUCAUUUUGCUGAAGGAAGAAAGAGAUAGCCAGGCACUUGUUUUGGUGAGCCUUUAUUGUUUUCAGACUGAGCUUAAAGACCAGUAAGACUUAAGAUUGUGACUUUUUCAUUAGAGGAAGUAUAAUUUAAUCUACUGGCUGGAUGUCAACCUCAUAUUGCUGUAUUGUCACCAUAUUCCAAAGCAGAAGCGGUGAAGUCACCUAGAACGCAAUUAUGAACCCGUGAGUUUGAAAACUAGUGGAUGUCGCUUAAUUUAGAAAAUGGAAGGUUACAUCUUGUUUUCUUAUAAAACGGCUUCAUCCCUUCCAUCAACUGAGACUACCUUGUUCCCAUUUUAUAGUGAGUUCUUGAGAAGGUCUUGUCUUAGAAGAUUUACACUGUUCCCAUGUCAUUCAUAUGUUUCAGGUACUUGAACUUUUUUUCUGGAGCUCUAGAAACAACCUUAUGUAAUUCUGGCUGUGACUUGCCAAGAAACUGUUCUGUUGCCUUUACUUUUAAACUAAAGAUUUUGAAUGCCAUCACCAGUGACACUGCAGCAGGAUACUGGAAGUAGAAACAGGGUCAUUAGCAAUGGCAUUCGACCCUGCACAACAUCAGCCUACAGACCAUAGUGGCCUAGUAGCUUUUGUAAAGCAGAAGCAUUUGAAGUUUUAACCCGGCAAUCAGACCAGUUUAAUUGUCAUACAUGAUUGGUCCAGACGUUACAGCUUUCUAGGAAUUGGCAUUGGCAUAUAAAUUGGGAGAGGGAUUAUUUUGAACUCUGGCCUGGGGUUCUCAAUGUGAAUUUUGUAGAACGCUUAGCUUAUCUGAUUUAUGGUAACCGGGUCUGACUGUGUAUAUAAAAUAGUGUAAAUAACCAUUUGUAAAUUAGUGUGAAAUGUAUGGUAACUUGCAUUUAUGAAUUUAUGUAUUUCAUUGUACUCUCCUUUUGUAGAAAUGUUGAUGUAAAGAAAAAUCCAGUUCUUGACAUGUGCUGACCUUUCAUUGUUAAAUUGACCACACUCAAGGGUAAACUGUUGGGGAGCCAUAGAAUAUAAUACCUGGAACUAAACAUUAACUUUCAUAAUGCAGCCUUUACAUGGUGCCUGUAGUGACUGCUUUGCUUACAUCAGAGGAAGUAUUCAGUCUGCAAGUAAGUUCCUGAAAAUGGCCACUAUUCCAGUACGCAGCAGAUUGGACAGUACAAAGAAAAGAUCCUUUUCUUGUUUGAAGAUAAAUGAUAACGUUUUACUUUGUGGCCAGCUUAGAGGGUUGACACUGCAUAGAUAGUUGGAUUUUGCUGAAAAAAAUGUGCAUGUUACUCUCAUAACAAAAUUAACUCUUUGGAAGUAAAGCUUAUGAAAGCUUUUUUAGGCAAAAGAAGUUGCUAAGUUAUAUUCCUGUGGCAAGUCUGCAGAAAAGAGAGAGACUAAAAAUAAAUGGAAAAAUCUGAUUAUUAAGAAUUCCUGGUGGGGUUUUUUUUGUAAUUUAUCCCUGCUAAUUGUUUUAAGGAUGCAUUACAUAUCUGUUGUCCCUGUUGUUGCACAUUGGCUUUCUGGGGGAAAAUUUUUGGCCAGUUUGCAGGGUUGCUGGAGUUGUAUGCAUUCUUUUUGCCAUAGCAAAAAAUAUGGACUCUAGAAGUUGGUUAUUGUUAAACCUGUGACAUUUUCAGAGAGACCUAAUAUUAAAUUUCAUUGAACCCAACUUUUAAUGCUCAUUUAGUCAUAUGGGAUUAUUUUCGCCUCUAUACAGACCCAGAUUUGGCCUUCUAGCCCUGCCCUUCCACAUAGAUAUGGCUGUCCAUAUUCAGCCAGAAAUAGCUCAGUGCCCAUUUAGUUUGGCUCCCUGCUUUUUGAUACCACAUCCAAUAGACUUCUCAUUGUGUAAAUUAUGAACAAAUAAUAUCCUAGCUCAUAUGGACCAAGGAUAUUAAGAAGUUAUAGACCUUUAAUUCAGAAGACUCUAAAAUUUGGUAAGGUAGAUAAUACAUUUUAAUGAAAAUAAUACAUAUUAACAUAGCGAUUAAUUAAAAUGUUCUUUACCUAAAUGCAAACUGGCUAUCACCAAAUAAUGCUGUUAGUGCAUUACCACCCCCAUUUCCCCAAAGUUACAACCCUUUAGUUAGUACUGAUUGUUCAACUUAAACAAGUCUGUACUUUUUCUUAUAGCACUAGAAUUUGCUGGCUUCUUAUAUUUUUAAAGGUGAAUAAAUAUUUGCCUAGAAUUCAAAGUUUAAAAAGGCAAAAGUCUAAGCACUUGUAGCAAAAUUUGGGCAUUUUGACAACCUCUUGGACUAUGGAAGCUAGAUUAGGAUGUCUGAAUGACAGGUUCCUUAAUUCAAACAUUGCUCUCCAUUUGCAUAAGGCCAGUACUAAUUCACAGACUGGAUAUGAAGGUGACUAGCAAAUAUACUUGUACAAUAUUGAAACUAGAAUUACUGUGGAAAUUGUAAAGGCUUGAAUCCUGUUAGUCCCAAAUAGAGUGGAUUCAUUAAACACAUGGAAUUUGUUGUUGUGCUAACUCACCUUUUAACAGUUGAUUCCAUAGGGCUAUUCUACUUGGGACUGAUAAAGCCAGCCUUAAUAGUGUUAGGGGCCAGCCUUAGGCUGCAAGGUGACAUUCUCUUGAGGACAAGACAAAUGCUGACAAGAGCAACAUCUGUGGGGAAAAGAGGGUCUGUAGUAGACAUCAUUUGCAAGGUACAUUAAAGGUACUACCUGGACCUCGUUAAUCUCUGGAGAGUUAUAACCAAACUUCUCAGUGCAUUCUGGAAUACCCUUUGUAUACAUUUGUCCUUUUGCAAAGGUAGACCAUAAUUGUGUCAGGCUGCUUUAUAUUUGUUGCAAAUAGUCUCUGCACUGAAAAUAUUCUGGUACCUCAGGUAAUAAAACUUCACAUUUAGCAGUAUACUGGUUUCAUCUUGAGGCUUGCUGUUAAUAUCCCUCUGAGAAUGGUGCACAAGGAGAAUGUCCUGGACCUUUUUGUCAUCUCAUUACACUUUGAAACCUAUGUCUGUUGAGUCCAAUCUUGUCCUGUGAAAGGUUUGCCUGUCUGAAGAAAGGGAAAGGUAACCUCAUCUGUGUGUUAUGAAUGGAAUUAAACUGUGCAUUCUGUUCAUUGGCUUGUAUUGGAGUGAAAUGUUUUUUCUUUCUAAGCUAAGCAUUGUUGAAGCUAUGUAACAAGGCCUUUUACCAUUGAUUUCAAUGAAGGAAUGUAUCUUGAAAAGAGAUUUAUAUUAUGUAAAUAUUUCAAAAUUGGUUGUAACAAUAAAGCUGGUUUCUAACUGUA